AUGGCCUCUGCCGCUGCUCUAUUAAUGCUGUUGCCUGUUGCUUGGACCUGCUCUCCCCAAAAAGCAGACUAUGUUAUGGUGUCAUGUUUCCCCAACGCCAUCAUUGCCAACGUCCCAGAGUGUCCUUACGGCUGGGAGAUUGACCAGCUGUCCCUAGGUGGGGUCUGUUACUCUGGAAUACACAGCCCGGGCUACUACCGCUUCAUCAUCCCAGAUCUGACACCCAAAAACCACUCGUACUGCGGCACACAGUCUGAGUACAUGCCAGGCAAAGACCCCAAGUACAUCUUCUAUAACGCCAUUGUGUCCAACGAUACCUCGCUCACAGUUAGAAACCAGCCGGUCAACUACACCUUCAGCUGCAUGUACCGGGCAGCCUACCUGGUAAAUAACGCCGUCUUCAGCCAAAGAGUGGCUACAGUUUAUGUCAACAACGGGAGUUUAGGCACUUUUAGAUCACAGUUGUCUAUGAACGUGUUCACGAAUUCAAAGUUCCUGUAUGCCAAAGAUGCUCCCUACGUGAUUGACACCUCUGAGAUCGGCUCUGAAGUCUUCAUCGGCAUUGAGGCAAAAGGACUAAGUAACAGAUUCAAAGUUGUCAUCAACAACUGCUGGGCCACUCCUUCGCCUUACUCCACUGACAGGAAGAGGUGGAGUCUCAUCAUUAACAGCUGCUCAUCUGACAACACUGUGACUAUUUUUGAGAAUGCCAAAGACAGCCGCUCCAUUUUCAAGUUCAACUCUUUCCGCUUCCAACGGCUGGAGAAAGUGUCCACGGUCUGGCUUCACUGUGAGGUCCAGGUUUGUGAUGGAGAGAGGCUCAUCUGUCAUCCUGGACCGUGCUCAGCCAGAAGUCUGACAUCAGAGGCAGAGCCAAGCGGAGGGGUCCUUACCACUGAGUUUCAAAUUAAAGGUGCUGGAUCCAAUAAUAAUGGACACACAACAGGAGCAUCACUUUUCAUCCUGCUGGUGAUCCUGAUAAACACAUGUUGUGAUUUAGUAAAUGUAUCACUAAUGUAG